UGUCUCCUGGAGUUUUCCCAAAGAGGGGAUCUUUUACAACGCGUAGAGAGCUUCCAGGUGGAUGACAAGAAGUUGUUCACAGCACCACGAUAUAUUUGUGUGAACAUCAAUGGCAACAUUUGCGUGUCUGAUCAACACGGUCAUGCAGUGGUGAUCUUCAACAAAGAUUUCAAACUGAUUGGACGGUACGAGGGCCAGAGCAACUCUCAUCCAUUCCGCCCACGGGGUAUCUGCUGUGAUAGGUUUGGACGAAUCAUAGUCACUGAUGGAGACAACCAUAAAAUCCAUCUUCUGUCUCAUAGCGGAGAGUUCGUGAGGUACAUCCUUUCUGAGGAGGAUAGUUUGAGGAAUCCU